AUGCCUAUCAUUAGCAGGCUCGUCAAAGGAAUCGGCGCAGGCAUUGGAGCAGCAUCAGAGGCUAUCGCCGACCACAAGGAGAAGAAGGCCGCCAGGGAGCGCGGGGUUUCUCCCAACCCUCCAGGCGAAAACCAGGUGGGGGAAAGCUCUCGGUCUAGAUUCGAGUCUGGCGCCCAGUCUGGCCACUCUGAAGACAAGAAAUCUCACGCUCACGCCCACGACGACAAUGACGACGAUUCCUCGAGCAUAAGCAGUUCAGACUUGGACAAUGAUACGGCAGAGUGGGCCCUCGAUGAAGUAGCCGAGGAGCUUGACCAACCGCCUCCUACAUACGACGAAGCAGCAGCUACGAGCCCUGCAUCAGACGAAGAGGUUGCCAGAGCCUUUUUGCACCAACACAAGAUCGUUCCGGCUCCCGUCCAACAACUCACCAAACUCCCAUGUCCAGUCAUCCUCCCCCAACGUCGACCCAAGGAUAAAUCCCGGGGGUUCGUUCGGGCGUAUGCACCGCUACUGGGCGAAUGCGCGGGUAUAGACCAAAAGACGUUUAUCGAUUUUAUUAACGACCUGGACGUGGCCUCCAAGGCCAGUCCGGUCUUCGACGUGAUCAACCUGGCAUGCUUCGCCGUGGGGCUAGUGCCGAAUCCAAUCACGAUGGCCGUUUCCAUUGCGAUCCAGGUCGCCAGCGGCACCGGCAAAGAGCUCCAGUCGCGCUACCGGCGCAACACGUACCUCGACCAAAUCAACGAAUCGCUCUUCAAACCGCGCGGCCUGUACUGCAUGAUCAUGACCUUCAAGCCCGACAACCCGCACGAUCCUGUGAUUGGCAUGGACUUGACGAACCUGGGCCUCAAGUCCAGUACCGACCAGGCUCUCGUUAAGGCGACCUCGAUCCCCGACUCGGAGCUCAAGCAAGCGCUCGCCAAGAUCCGCCUGACCUCCGGCGUCAGUCGUGGUGAGCUUUCCCUCCCGGAAUCUGCACCCCUCGUCUACCCUGCCCUCGACGCCGCCGCUCAAGCCGCGCUCGACAGUGCGGGAGGUACUUCAGGCACCACCGAAAGCCUCCUCCCCGAGAGCACAAAGGACAAGGUGCACUCCUCCUCGGGCUUCCUCGCCAGCUACCUCGACCGGCGCGCCCAGGCCUCGUACGCGGGCAUGCACCCUGACAGCCGACUUGUCAUGCCCCCGCCAGAGAAGAAAUUCGCCUCGCGGUUCUCCGACCCCAACCACCCGGCGAACUCGGGCACCAUCCUCGGCCUCCUCACUGGCGGCCACUUUGACCCGAAAGCCAAGCGCCGCGGUCGUCGGGCCCAGCGCCAGGCGCGCCGCCGCGGCUACGAGCUCAGCGAGACGGACGUGCGCAACGCCGAAAUGGGCAGGUUGCCCCGACGCAGGAAAGGGGUGAUUCGGCGCGUGCUGCACAAGAAUAUUCUCUACCUCACCGUCGUCAAUCUCCCUACCGAAAGUGAGAUGAGGGAGAAUAUGCAGGAGUUAGAGCGAGAGGGGAGGUAG